AUGUACGUUGCGGCGAUCACAGCGUUCCUCGGCGUCGCCGCCGGCGCGCCGCUGCCGACGACCUGGCCGCCUCCACACAACACGUCGACGCAGUGCGUCCGCAUGCUCGCGAAGCACAAGCUCGAUUGGCUGUUGGAGCCCUUCACCUGUACAAAAGCUCAGAAGACGUCCAAUGCACACAUCGUGCUCGGGACGGGCCUCGGUGGCACGGGAACGAGAUCAGUAGCGACCGCCGUCGACAAGUUGGGAUAUCCCGCGUGCCACUCGUUCCUCUACGUCCUGCGGCUGCUCCAGAUGAGCAAACCGCACGACCUCACGGCCUUCCGCGGCGGCGCGUCGUAUUUCGAUACGCCGAUGGGCUACAUCUUCCCACGGCUCCUGUGCUCGUUCCCGAAGGCGAAGAUCGUCCACACGACGCGACGCGACUACCACCGGGGCUACGACGGCUCCUCGCGCAAAUGCCGGUCAAAGCGCGAGUACCGCCUCGAGAGUGACCUCGCGCGGUGCAUCGAGUACGGCUCGACGUGCCCGACGCGCGAGGAGGCGAGGACUGCGUUCGCCAAUAACGAGCGGGCCGUGCUGUCCGUGCCCAAGUCGCGCCGCCACAUCAUGAACAUCAGCGACCUGAGCAGCAUUCAUGCCGGGCCGCUAGCAGAAUUCCUCGGAAAGGAGUGGCGCUGGGGCAAUCCGGACAAACCGAUUCCCCACAAAGCCGUCUACUACGCGUCCCGGGCGUGCCUCGGUGGGAAUCAUCCGAGGCAUUGGGUGCCGCGAGUGCACUAA